AUGCAAGGCAACAGCAAACGAGUCGCUGCUAUGAAUGGCGGCAGCACUAGUGCUCGCGCAGAAGGAGUGUCAACAAUUUUCAAUCAAGUAGGGAAAGCUACCCCUGCCAACAACAAAAAGACAGCCUACAAAAACAUGCCAUUGUUGGCGCUCUGCUGUUUAAUGGGGAUGCUUCUGUUGCGUGAUCGACUGGUGUCUCCAAGUUUUUGGCCAGUGGCAUCAUCUUCUACUAUUCCCUCUUGUCUUCAGCAUCAAAGCGAAACCAUCUCGAGAAAUCAAACUAAUGGAAUGCCACUAAUCGAGGAUCUUCACAAUGACAUCCAAAAGUUGCAAGCAGAAGUACGAAAUCUUCAACAACGGUUGUCAGCAUGUACCUCUGAACUAAAAAAAAAAGAGUCAAAAUCAGGUGACACCACCAACACAAACGAGGACGCCAAUCAGAGGAUGAAAGAAAGACUUGAUUACGGAAAGGAGAGCUUGAAAAGGCAUCCAGUUUGUGGGAAGCUGCAGGAAGUGGCUGUCCCAGGACCUGCAGCCAACAGCAGCAGUGACACAAAUUUCCUGAUACCUUCUGCUUCCUUUAUUUGGACACAACGCCUGGGAGAGAUUCAUUCUGCUACCAAUCUACUUCCCAAUGACUUUCAAUAUCUGUUCCAUGACUUCACGGCACACUUAUUACAACUGGUUUCAUCACGGCUACCCAGGUCGGUUCAGACCAUCCCAAGAUCUUGGGAAUCGGUCCAAUCCAUCAUGGAUGUGGCAUGGAAGCGUUUUGAGUAUUUUCAAAGGCAUCCAGAAGCACUGGUGCAUGAAAAGGCUCAUCCGGCAGGAGUGGCUGAUGACUACAGUGACAAAGACAACAUUCCUCGACCAGUACAGAUCAUCAUUCUCGGAGGAUCGAUAAUGCAAGGGACGAACUGCCGGAAAAUGGUCAACCAAUUGCAAAUGAAAGACCUUUUUCUUCCACUUCGUGAUUGUUGCUGGGGACAUCGACUGGGGGCAUUUAUAAAUCAACUCUUUCAGGUACCUCUUGUAGAGGUCACUCACAUUGGGAUUGGCGGGACCAAUUCAGCCACUGGAACAACCCUGCUGCAGUUUGAAUUGUUGCCGCCACAAGCGGCCCAACAUCCUGACAUCAUCAUCAAUGGCUACUCCACCAACGACAUGCAUUCCUUUACCAUACAGGAAGCUCAACUCAGCAACUUGACGCUUGGUGAUCAGAUACGCGUCAUGGUAGAAGACUUUUAUCGCAAUGCCACGAUGAUGAGGCAUUCACAACAGGAUUGUCAAGCAGAUGGCGACCAACAAUCAACAGCUGAGGAGCAACAGUCAACAUCUGUACCCCCUUUGGUUGUACACUUUGAUGACUACAUGGGCAAUGAGCAACGUCAAAUCCUAGGAACGUUGGAAGGAUCAUCAACAGUGCAGUCUUUGGCUCGAUAUUAUGGCUUUGCAUCCAUGUCCUAUGUCAAUGUUGUAAGAGAUUGGGUUUAUGGGGACACCCAUGAAUCAUGGUUCUCACCAGCAGGAUGGUACCCGAACAAGAACAGUGCUAUGGAGAGGGAGAUUCAUCCACAACUGGGAAUGCAUAUUGUAGCAACAUGGGUUGCAGCCUACAAUUUGCUGCAUAUGACAACAACGUUUUGCAGUUUAGAACCAUGGCGACAUGCUAACAAAGGUGGCGAUCGUGAUAUACUGGAGCAAUCCUAUGAAACAACACGACAAGUCCUAUCACAGAUGCCCCCCCUGCGAGGGGAUACACAGUACGUUCCGGGCGGAAAGCCCAAGCCACCACCAAGAAGCCUGCCUCCUCGCCUGACCAAAGAGUUGUCCUUGGAAAGGGUUUCGGAACAGUGGGAACAAGAAUCCUCAUUGCUCCAGAACCAAGUACAGCAGCAAUCAACCAAAGUCUGUUCUGCAGGGGCAAAAUGUCCCUUUGCGUGGGUCAGCCGGAUUCGUCCGGCUGCGAUUCCAAACGUAACGGAGACCCUGCACAAAAAGGGAGAUGUUGCGUAUCAAGCAUACUGGAAGGCGCACACUGUUAGCGGCUUUGGGGGUUCUGCAAAUGACGAGAGCAAAAGUAGUUGGGCGUUCCAGUCAGAUCACGGCAAGACUGGUGUUUGCCCACAAAAUGGUGUUGGGUCAAAACUGCUGCUGGAGAUUCCACCACCGAUCUCUUCUGUGGAGCUGGUCCGGCUUGGAGUACCAAUCAACAGCGUGACAUUGUUUUAUAUGAAGAGCUAUGGUGAAAGAUGGGCAGACAGCACAGUACGAUUGGAUGUCUUGGCGAGCGAUUCGGCCGAAGCCUCAGAUUCGGUUUCAGAUUGGAAAACACUACUAUCGAACGAGUUUGUUGGUUACCAUUCCAAGAAUACAAGUGAAACGUAUCAUCACACCAUCCAUCUUCCAUCGGAAUACAGGAUAUCAAAGCUACGCUUGGCAAUUACACUGGUUAACGGAAACACCUUCAAGAUCAUGGGUUUACUGGCAUGUCGAUCAUAG